GUAAAUAGGUGGCAGGGAAAAUUCGGGCGGAGCGAGAAGUGCCUUCGCACGUCCAUGGACAAUUGACUUUCGCGAGGUUGCCCGAAAAGCAAGCCAUGGCUUUGCGCAGUAUGACUUCUGUACGUCGUAAAUGUGCUACAAAGACACAGCAGACGGCGAGCCGUCAUAAAGAGCCUGUCACCGUUGUCCAUUUCUGUAGCGGCUCGCUCUCACGCCUCUUUCUUCCUGGUCCGAGCGCAACCCCCAGUGGACGCGUCCGGACCAGCCAUGGCACCGAAGCGGCGCCGAGACGAAGCUGAGAAGGCGGAGGAUGAGAAAGACCACACAACGUCGACCAAAUGCGGUCUAGCUGGACUUCUGUCUGAGAAGAUAGAAGCCGAUGGCGUGGCGGUCACGCGCGAGGAAAGCCUCGCUGCCGUUGACUUCUUGGUCGCGGCCCUCACCAGGCUGCGCUUUGAGGCGCUGUGCCUGCUAGGGCUGGUAGCGGUCCGCAUGUGCGAGGACGCACGGCGAGAAGGUCAAGGCCUGCAGCCGCACUGCGCAACGUGUCGCCGGCUUCGGAAGACGGAGCUGGUGGAGGACGACACGACACGACACGCGGCGAUCUGCGCUGUGUCGGUGUGUGACCUCACCGAGCAGGGCCGGAAAAGGGGCCGGCCGUCCAAGCGGGACCAGCAUCCUGAGGACGACCUGUUCCGGCACGUCUGCGAGGAGCACUUCCCGCGCGACGAGGAGGCCGCGGGUGCUCGCGUCAACAGGUCGGGCUUGACUCCCUUCCUGCCGCCGUUGUCGAAGGGCGUGUUUACCAACGUCAAGAACCACUACGCCGCAAACUUCGCAGCCUGGCUGGCGCGCAGCUUUCGCUGCCGCAUCGACGACGAGCUUCGCGAGGUGGGGCAGGCGGAGGUGGGGCAGGCGGAGGUGGGGCAGGCGGAGCUCCGUACUCCAGCCACCAAAAAGCUGGACAAGCUGGCAUGGAGCAUGGCGCAUGCCGUGCUCUACGACGGCGAGUUAGAGCAGCCGCGCUGGUGGGUGGGUUGGGCCCAGGGCGCCGCCGCGCAAGCCGCGGGCGCGGCGGCUGCGGCGGCGGCACAGGGCGCCGGCCCUGCGGGCGGGGCCGCCGCCGCGCAAGCCGCGGGCGCGGCGGCUGCGGCGGCGGCACAUGGCGCCGGCCCUGCGGGCGGGGCCGCCGCCGCGCAAGCCUGGACCGCCCUCGUUGACUACGUCAACGCCCAGCGUGCGUCGAAAAGGGCCGCAGAGCUGUUGUUGCGGGAGGUCAAGGGGACGCAGGCCACGUACAAGAAGGCCAGCACGCGGCACAUGGAAUGGGCCGCGGAGAUUCUCGCAGGCCUUGAGGCACGCCGCGAUCAGCUGGGGGCGCAGGUGCAGCAACUGACGCAGGCGCAGCCGUUGACGCGAGAGGACACGCAGCGGCUUGCGUCCUUGCGCCGGGAACUGCAUCGCGCACGUCCGUUCACGCUGACCCCCAGCCCCUCCUUCGCGCCGAUCUAUGUGCCCCUUGACAACACGUCCAUGGCCCGCCUUCCUGGGCUGCUGCCCACCCUGGCAAGGCGCCAUGGCGAGGUCUUCGCCGGUGCAGGCGCGGGCGCCGUGGCACCCUCCUCGUUUGUCCAGGCCGCGUUUGGCGGCGGGGGCAUGCAGUCGUCUGCCACGCUGAACGCCGUCGGCUGGGGCCUGUUCCAGCUCGGGGGUGUGACCUCCCGCAACGCCCCCUUCGCCAAUUACAUCACCACGGACGGGGUGGCCUGCAGCGUGGCGCGAGAAGCGCACAACAAGCCGCUGGCCAACUUGAAGCCGGCGACCGCGCCCGCCGAUGCGGGGGAGCUGUGCACCCUGGAGGAGAUGAAGGCCACGCAGAUCAUCGGUGUGGACCCGUGCGGGGGAGGGAAUUGGUUCAUGGCAGCACGGUCUCCGCUGUACCAGCCAGGGCCCUGGGCUUGGGAGGGUGUCGGGGAGGGUGUCGGCCCUGCCCAGCGCUACCUGCUCGAGCUGCACGACAAGCAGCUGGAUGAGGAGUUGUUCCCUGGGCAGCUGCCGCCGGAGCCGCGUCGCAGGCGCAAGGGCGUCAGGCGCAAGGGGGGCGGGCGUAAGGGGGGCCACCGCCGGAAGCAAUCUAAGCACUGGCAGCCGCGAGCCAGGACAGCGCGGCGGCGGCGCCAGAAGCGGGGCCGAUUCCAUAUGAGCAUGGGCCACUGGCGGCACAUGUCAGGCCUGGAACGACUCCAGCCAAACCGCCCACAGCUUGCGCCAGCCCUGCAGGCGUACAUCGGCGGCAUCCCCACGGCGGCGACCGCGUCGGCGGCCCGGUUUGAAGAGCGCCUGCGCUACCUCUUCGCCAGUGGGGCGGCAGGGCAGGCGGCGGGGCAAGCGGCGGGGCAGGCGGCGGGGCAAGCGGCGGGGCAGGCGGCGGGGCAGGCGGCGGGGCAGGCAGAGGCGGGGCAGGCAGAGGCGGGGCAGGCAGAGGCGGGGCCCCGGGGCGCGGUGCACGUGCUGUGGCACUACCACUUCUCCGCCUUCCGCCGAAAGCGCUGGGCUGCGUUCAUCCAGCGCGACCGCGCGCUCCACCGCGUCGCCAAGCAGCUCACGGGCGGCAGGCCCAAGGAAGAGGUGGUGGUGGGGUGGGGUUCGUGGGCCUUCCAGGGAGGGAAGGGCGGCUCCCCCAUCUCCGUCAGGGGCGGGCGCGCGCCGACGGGGCGGCUCAUCAAGCUGCUCCGUAAGCGCUACGCCAAGCAUGUGUUCAUCAUCGAUGAAUACAAGACCUCCAAGACCUGCUACAACUGCGGGUGUCAGGAGAUGGCCAUCAAGCGGCUUGGGGGGCUGAAGGAGGGGCAGCGGCCCUGGUCGGUCAAAGUCUGCAACGACUGCUUGACGACCUGGAACCGCGACGUCUCCGCCGCCAACGUGAUCCGUGUGCUCCUCCUGCUGAAGCUGAUGGGCUUCGAGCGGCCGACCAAGCUGCAGCGGCCGCCAUGGCCGCCGGCGGCGGCGGGGCCGGGCUGAGAGCCUGAACGGCGCUAGCAGGGCGUGGGGCUGAGGGUGCACGUGUUGAUUGGCGGCGAGUGACGUGACUAGUUUGUUAGCUGCGGGUUAGCACGGACUGUGCACCCCACCCAACCGGCCACGUCCGGAUUUGCGGGGAUGCCAAAGGCCCCCAACAUAGAGGCGUGUGCUUAGUAGGCGCCCGCGUCAAGGUGGCUGGGUUGAUAAUGACCCGGGAUCAGCCCUUUUCCUGCCAUAAGGCAGCCACCUUCUUGUUCUGGUCUGAUUCUAUCCGGUACCGCAUGUCGUGUAGUUUCCACGCCGGUUGUGUGGCGCAUCGGUGUUUGUUCGACAGUUUGCAUAGGGAGUCCAGCCGAGUUGGGCGCAACGGGCUUACGGCCCUUGGCGGUACAUAUCGUUACCAAGGAGUCGGGUUCCCAGGAGGGGUUACGUUGCCUGAGCCCAAGAGGGGGAGGGGAGCCGACAAAUGACGUGAUGUGGGGCAUUGGGAAGUAAGCAGUACUGGCAUGUACGCACUCGUGGUCUGUGCGCCGACCGUGCCGUACCGCGUUUCGCAAGGUGGCAGCGGUUAAGGAAUCAUCUUGCCGUACACAGCAACAUGCGUGUGUACCGGAUGAGGUGAGCUGGCACCGUGUGCAAGGUCCGGCUGCGCCACAAUGUAAUGGCGCGGUGCC